AUGGCUUGGUCGAAUGAGCAACGCGCUUUUGCUGUCGAGACGUAUUUUUCUCAGAAUAAGUCUAUUGUUGCAGUGCAGCGUGCGCUGCGAACUCGUUAUCGGAUUCCCCCUCGCAACCCUGUUCCUGACCGCAAAUCCAUUUUGUUGUGGGUGGAAAACUUCCGUGCAUGUGGUAGUGUAGUGAAAAAGAGAGUUGGGGCUCGGAGAACUGUCCGAACUCCAGAAAACAUUGACCGUGUCAGAAGAUCGAUCUUGCAGUCUCCUAAGCGUUCUGCCCGCAAGCAUGCAUCCGCCCUUGCAUUGUCUAAUCGCACUGUGCGUCGUAUUCUCCACGAAGAACUCCACUUCCAUCCAUACAAGAUGGUCAUCGUUCAAGAACUCACACAACGGGACUGGCAACAACGAGUACAGGCAUGUGAAACUUUAAUUGCUGACUUGCCUCAUGAUGCACGAGUUUUGUUUAGUGACGAAGCGCACUUCCACAUUUCUGGAGUUGUUAAUAAGCAGAAUAUGCGUUAUUGGAGUGGUGCAAACCCUAGGGUAGUUCAUGAGAGGCCUCUACACAGUGAAAAAGUGACUGUUUGGUGUGCAAUCAGCAGUGAAGGCAUAAUUGGGCCUUAUUUCUUCGAGGAGGACAAUCGUUGUGUUACCAUCAAUUCCGAGCGGUAUGUAAACAUGCUCCAACAAUUUCUUGCACCACAAUUGCAACAGAAUAAUUUUGGAGUAGUGUGGUUUCAGCAGGAUGGUGCCACAGCCCAUACUGCUAGACAUUCGAUGGCUGUUUUGAGGGAAAUGUUCCCCGGGCGAUUAAUCUCCCGGUAUGGUGACAUUCCAUGGCCUGCGCGCUCGCCGGAUUUAACUCCGUGUGAUUACUUUUUAUGGGGAUACCUCAAGAGUGAAGUGUUUAAAACAUCGACCCAGAACCCUACAAGACUUGAAGGAUGCAAUUCGCGUUGA